AGAAUGGAUGGAAAAAAUUGUUCUUCGUUGACUGAAUUCCACCUCUUGGGAAUUACUAAUAACCCUGAGAUCAAAGCAACCAUAUUUGCCACGUUUCUCGUCAUAUAUCUCAUUAUUCUUGUGGCAAAUCUUGGAAUGAUCAUUUUAAUUAAAAUGGACUCCCAGCUUCAAACACCAAUGUACUUUUUCCUCAGCCACCUCUCCUUCUGUGACCUCUGUUAUUCCACAGCAAUUGGGCCCAAGAUGCUGGUGGACCUCUUAACAAAAGACAGAUCAAAUUCUUUCUAUGGCUGUGCUCUGCAAUUCUUCAUCUUCUGUGUCUUUGCAGAUUCUGAGUGUCUCCUGCUGGCAGUGAUGGCCUUUGAUUGGUACAAGGCCAUUAGCAACCCCUUGCUCUAUACAGUCGACAUGUCCAGCAGGGUGUGCUCCGUGCUCAUGGCUGGGGUUUACCUGGUGGAUACAGUGGACGCUUUGAUACACACCACGUUAACUUUCCGCUUAUGUUUCUGUGGGUCAAAUGAAAUUAAUCAUUUCUUCUGUGAUUUACCUCCACUUUUCCUCCUUUCCUGUUCUGAUAUUCAGGUCAAUGAGUUGGCAUUAUUCACUGUUUUUGGCUUCAUUGAACUGAGUACCAUUUCAUGGGUUCUUGUCUCUUACUGUUACAUCAUCCUCUCAGUCUUAAAGAUCUGCUCUGCUGAGGGAAGGUUCAAAGCUUUCUCCACCUGCACCUCUCACUUAACGGCUGUUGCAAUUUUCCAGGGAACUAUGCUCUUUAUGUAUUUCCGACCAAGUUCUGCCUACUCUCUAGAGCAAGACAAAAUGACCUCAUUGUUUUAUACCCUUGUCAUCCCCAUGUUAAACCCUCUGAUUUACAGUCUACGGAACAAGGAUGUGAAAGAGGCUCUGGAAAAACUGAAAAAUAAAAAGCUGUUUUAAAUAGUUAUACACACACAUAAACAGUUGUUUUCUUCAAAUCAUUUAGUAUAGAACAAUGUGAUCUCAAAUACUUUAAUACAAUGAGUAUUUAUACAAAUUCUCAACUAUACCAGAUGUUAGGUAGUUUCCUAAACAUUCUAUAAUUUUUAUGUGUUUUCAAUUUAAGCACAGUACUCUCUAAUUUUGCAAAACAGUUUUGUCUCCUAAGUGUGCCGAAAUCUUAUUUGUUCAAUGUUUCCAUCCUAGUUAACUGGUGUUGCUAUAACAGAAAUACCACAAGUGGAUGACUAUAAC